ACGAUACCAAUUUAAAGACACAACACAUUCAGCCUCGACACAACAUGGCUGUAGCUUUCCUCGCAUCAAGAAGAACAACUAUUUCUACUUUACCAUACAUUUGGAAGUAGCUCCAUUUUGUUGGAACUGUUGGACUAAACUACUUCAGAUUCCUGUUUGAACUCAGAAAGGAAUACAGAGCUGGUUCUUCAUGGGGCUGUUUAUAAUAACUUCACAGUAACAACUGAAGGAAACAGGGGGAGGAUGGCGUCACCGGGUCACCUUCUCUGCGUGUCUGUGCUCCUGUGUGUCUGUGGCACGGCCACAGGCCACUCUCUCCUCGCCGUGGGCCCCUGCGCGGUGAACACAGGCAAGGCCUCAUUCCACUGCAGUCAGAAGAGACUCACAAAGAUUCCACAAGAAAUAUGGACCAAUGUGACCAAAUUGGACCUAUCACACAAUGACUUAAACCUCAGCCACCCUGAGACCCUGAGAGCAUUGCAGAGGUUUGAGAAUCUGGUCCACCUGAAUCUGUCAGCUAACUACCUCCCCCUACUGGUCAGAGGCUCUCUCGGCAGCCUCCCAUCUCUGGAAGUCCUGGACCUCAGCAGGUGCCAGCUGGCUGAAUUGGAGAGGGGAGCCUUUGAAGGCUUGCCCAGGUUGCAGAAGCUUUUUCUGGGGCACAAUAGGCUGCAAGGUUCAGUGGCUACCGCCUUAAAGGAACUUACAGGUGUCCUAUCCUACCUGGACCUACAAGGCAACCCUCGUCUGAGUUUUACACCAUUCGAUGGGCCAAAGGGAGCAAGAAGAGCGUUCAGAUUCAAAGGCUCAAAACCCCAUGUACAUGAGCACAUUCAUGAAGGGUUCGAGGAAAAACGUAUCAGUGGUAAACUUAACCACAGAAAACUACUAGCUGAAGAACCCUUACCUUUCACAACCUCUCCAACUCCAAACACAACCUUUAAUGAUACUACCAGCGGUCGCGUUCCUGCUCACAACUGGCAGUUCCUAUUGGGACUGCUGGUAACAGCCAUUACACUGUCCAUCGCUGUCGCUGUGCUGGCCAAAUGCAAACUCCUCCACCGGUACGUGUCAAGCUAUCGUCACUCACGGCUCACUAACUCUGAUUCAGUAAGCCAGUACGAUCCAGAAGUGUAUGAGGUGGGUUUUGCUCCACGAGGGGGUGCAGCCACGAUAUCAAACGGAAUAGGAGAUAAUGAUGAAGAUGAAGAGGAAGGGGUUGAGGAAGAUGAUGAUGGUUUCAUUGAGGACAAUUACAUCCAGCCAAGUGAGAGGGAGAGGGCGUCGAGAGCACUAGAGCACCAGGAGAGAGAGGAGGAGGAUGAGGAGGAGGAGGAGGAGGAUGAGGAUGAGCUGGAGUUCACCAUUGGAUAAGGAUUUCUGACUGGCAGAAAAAGAUUGGAGAAAAAGUAUGGGAAAGGACCAAAUGGUUACACACCAAAAUCCAUGGUACAUUUUUGUAACAUAAUCAUACAUAUUAGGAAGCACACUUUGUAGGUGUAACUAUUUUAAGCUGCCAUAAACCACACAGCCACUGAAUGACCAACAGUACUGAAUUGAAUUUAAUGAAUGAAGUCCUGACCUGGAGAAUCUGUACAAAUGAACAUUUGAUUGCUACUGUGACUUUAACUGUGCACUCCCUUGUAAAUAGUUGGAUUGAUUGAUUGUGGAAUUUAUUUUUCACUCCUGUAUUGAAUAAAAUAUUUUCCAGUUUUCAUCUUCA